CCUCUCCAAUUAACCCUAAAGACACUGACAGAAAGGAAAAGAGAAGCCGAGUAAAGGAGCUUCUCCCGGUUUUAUAUACCUUGUUUUAGCAGACCUCUUAGAUGAAGGCAGAUGCUUUUACAGUCCACCCGGACUAAAACAACAUCUAGAUUCAUUUAAAAGUAAACUAUCAUUUUAUAUAUACGUAUAUGCGAUGGCACAAAGAGGCACUUCAUUUUCAAUCCAAGACAUUCUUACCAGAGACAGCGAGAAUCGGGAGAGAAAGCAAAUCGCCAAUGAACUUGCAGAACUCUGCAGAUUGUCCGAUCCGGGCUUGCAAAGGAAGACUGGGGUAAUCAAUAAGGAGAGCCCCGAAGCUUGCCUCGCAGAUUGCAUAGAACUCGUAAAUGCGGAAACUCCGAACCUCAGGAAACGUCCCGAGCCAGUGUCGAGCCCAAGCAAGGGUGGGGAAUCUCAGAUUGAUGGCCAGUCUUGCAGAGAGGAUUCCACGGGAGAAGACCCGGUUUAUUCAGGUUGCGAUUCUUUCAAAGAGUGUGAGAGCCAGUCGACUGCAGAGGAAAGGAGCAAGAUGGAGAGAUCUGCCGAUCAACUAAAAACCGUGAAGAAGCGCUCCCGGGCCGCCUUCUCUCAUGCUCAGGUCUACGAGCUGGAAAAACGGUUUAACAUGCAGAGGUAUCUGUCCGGCCCAGAGAGAGCGGAUUUGGCGGCGGCUCUUAAACUCACAGAAACGCAGGUGAAGAUCUGGUUCCAGAACCGGAGGUACAAAACUAAGAAACGACAAAUGGCGCACGAAUUGGCUGCUAACUGCACUCAGACCAUGGCGAAGAAAGUGUCAGUAAAGGUGCUGGUGAGGGACAAUCAGAGGCAGUACAGGACCGAAGAGCUGCUCAGCCCACCUGCCAUCCCCCUUUACCAGGCCUAUCAAUACUACCCGUACACGUACUGCUUCCAGCCGUGGCCGUCAAAUAUGUCCUUGUGUGGGGGAACCCCCUAACACAAACGGAAACUAGGGCAACAUUUCCUUCGUUGCUAUUCAUGAAAAAUCGAUGAACACAUUAUAACUGGCAGUAUAAUUUUCCAAAAGAACAGUCAUGGAAAUGCAGUUUUACACUUCCAAAGACUCCCAAAUAUGCACAUUAAGGAAAAUGUUGAUUCGCCCUUCCCCAGAGGAAGAACUGAUGGGUAAUAUUGUAAAUAUUAUUCAUUUACAAUUAGUAUGCUGCUGACGGCUGAAUGUGGCAUAAUGUACAGUUGACAUUUUUAUAUGUUACUAAAGACGGUGUAUUUGAAUGUUUAAUGAAACUAACAGCGCAGAUACACUGGAUGUGUCGCCCAGAAUAACUUCUUCUGGGACUACAAAUAACAUUUAAAAUAACACCCUGAUGAUAUAACUUAAGUUUCCCAAAAGCAGUCAGCCUGACCAUAGAGAUGUGCUAGACGGGUAUCAAAAUCUAAGCGACGUGAUUUUUGUUUUUUUGUUUUGUUUUUAAGUAAAUGUUAAAUUACCUUUCUUUUUGAAUACUAUCAGUUAAAAAAAGUGUAGUUAAAAUGGUCAUACAAAGUUUGUUUAUAAGUUUAUUAUUUCACCACAUCGAACUCGUUUUUGUCAUUUUUGGAAUCAUUUGAGUUCAGAAGAAGAAACGAGAGCGGUUAUUCCAGUCAGUAUAAGGCAGACUCUGAAUCAAUUAUUCGUUUUUUUUUUUUUUUAACAAACCGCUCGAAGGAGUAUGUUGCACUUCUUUUUUUGUAAGUAUGAACAUGCAAAUAUGAGAAGCAUGUACUAAUCAUUUAAACAAAAAUAGCAUACCGUCAUCUUGCAAGUGUAGGUCAAUUUACUUGAUAUGUUUAUUGUAAAUAAUUCAUGUAUUAAUGUGUUUU